AUGGCUGAAAAAUACACUUUGGAAAAUUUUUUGGAACUGAAAAACGUGAAUGAUAGGUAUAUUGUUGACCUAAACACAGAGAAAAAACAAUUUUCAUAUAAGGAGUUAUAUGAAGAGAUAGAAAACUUCCUAAUUUUUUUUAAAAGUAUAAAUAUCAUACCGGGUGAUGAGAUUUCCAUAAUUUUGUUUAAUAGCAUUGAAUAUGUGUUAUCAUUUUUAAGCAUAAACUUUAAUAAGAACAUAUGUUUACCGCAAAAUACAAAUCUGAAAAAAGAAGAGUAUAUAAAAUAUUUAGUUAACAAUUGCAAGUAUAUAAUUAUACAUGAUUAUAAUGAAAAUGAUGAAAAUUACGCUAGCAUUAAAAAUAAACAUAGUUAUUACAAAAAUGUUUGUGCAUAUAUAGAGGACUUAGCUGAAGAAUACCAAAUUGGUUUAAUUAAAAUAAAAAAGAACAAAACUAAACCGUAUUUUACGUAUUCAUAUACAGCAAAUGGGAUUGACAAAAAUGAUAGUAAAAUGGUAGCUUCAAAGGAACCGCUAAAAGGGGUAGGUAACCCAAAGAAUGAUAUUUGUCUACAUUUGCACACAUCAGGUACAACAAGUAAAGUAAAAAUAGUACAAUUAACAAAUAAUAAUAUUAAAACAACGAUUAGAAAUAUUAUAAAUUCGUAUUAUAUAAAUAAAGAGGACAACACAGUUAUUGUUAUGCCUUUAUAUCAUGUGCAUGGAUUAAUUGGUGUGUUAUUACCUAUACUUUUUUCCAAAGGGAAUGUAUUAUUUCAAGUUGGUCAUACGUUUAGUGCCUCGGAAUUUUGGGAAAAUGUAGUACAUUAUAAUAUAACCUAUUUUUCAGCUGUUCCUACUAUACUUAAUAUAUUGUUAAUAAGAUAUGAAAAAGAUUAUAUAAUAAAAGGGAAAAAAAAUGAUGAAAAAGUACAGCACAAGUUGAAAUUUAUUAGAACUUCAAGUUCUUAUUUAGACGAAAAGUUAGAAAAAGAAAUUGAAGAAAAAUUUGCAACAACAGUUCUACAAGCAUAUGGAAUGACAGAAGCUUGUCACCAAGUAAGUUCAAAUAAAUUUAUUAUGAACAAUUCAGAAAAUGUUAUAUCAGGAGUAAAUAAAAAGUAUAAAAGUGUUGGGAUACCAAAUGUAGGAGUUAUAAUAUAUAAUGAAGAGAAAAAAAAAAUAUGUGAUUAUAAUGAGUUGGGAGAAAUAUGUAUCAGCGGAAAAAAUAUUAUGUAUGGUUAUAAAGAAGCAAACGAUAAUGAUCAUAUAUUUGUUUAUGUGAAUACAAUAGAGCAAAAAACAAAUUAUAUGAUGAAGAACAAAUUUUUAGAAAUAUCUGAAAGGGUUCCUUUCUUUAAAACAGGAGAUAUUGGGUAUAUAGAUGAAGAUAAUUUUCUUUUUAUUUCAGGAAGGAUUAAGGAUAUCAUAAAUAGAGGAGGAGAAAAAAUUAUUCCAAAUGAGAUAGAUGAUGUGUUAAAAGGGAACAAACUGGUUAGGGAUUGCUUAACCUUUGCAUGUAAAGAUGAUAUAUAUGGUGAAGUUAUUAACAGUGCAGUAAUUCUGGAUGAACGGGGAUUAAUGAUCGAUGGUAAUGGGGAGGUAUAUGCCAUUCAGGCUGGGCAGAACAGUCAGACCAACCAAACCAGUCAGGCUUGUAAAUCUAAUCUGAGUAUGACUUUAACAACUUCGAGCCUCUCUCCACAUGUGAGUUCGGAAAAAAAAGAUCCUAUUAAGGAAGAGGGAGAAGUAGACGCACUGAAAGAAUAUGACAUUAACAUGUCCAUAAAUCUUAAUUUGUAUUAUUACAAGUACAGAGAAGAAUUAAUGAGUUACGUGAAAAACCGUUUAGCAAAUUUUAAAGUUCCCAAGAAUGUAUAUUUUGUUAAUAAUUUUUUAAAAACGGACACAGGAAAAUUAUCCAGAAGAAAAGUUUCAGAGAGUACUGAAAAUUUGAAGAAAAUGGAAAUAAACGUUUUUGAUGUAAUUGCAUUAAUUUUUAGAAAGUAUGAAAUAGAUUAUAUAUAUGGAUUGUAUGGAAUACCAAUAAAUAAAAUAAUCUACAGUUUUAUUAAAAAUGGUAUUUAUUAUAUAAGUUUUCGAAAUGAAAUAAAUGCAUCCAUAAGUUGUAAUUAUGUUAACUAUUUUGAUAUGGAUCAGAACAAAAAAAAAAAAAAAAAAAAAAAAAUUGGUAUUUUAUUAACAUGUUCAGGUCCAGCAUUUAUAAACACCUUAAGUGGUUUAUAUAAUGCAAAAAUUAAUCAUUUCCCAAUGGUAUUAAUAUGUUUUGAGAAUUAUAUAGAUGAAAAAAUAAGUUUAUUUGAAAAAUAUAAUAAUUUUCAAUACUUUGCACAAUAUAAUUUUUUGAAAAAAGCAAAAGAAAUAUGUUUUGAGUCAUAUCAUGUAGAUUCAUUAGAAUCUUUUUCUGAACAAUUUCAUAACUGUGUAUGUACCGCUAUUAAAAACAAAUAUCCUGUAUAUUUAAAUAUUGAUUACAAGUUAAUAGGGGAAAAAAUAACAAUAGACAAUGCUAUUAAAACUUUGGAAGUAAGUGACAGAAAUGUAGAAGCUUAUUUUGGCUAUACGAUGAACAGAAUAGUACCGAAUGAAGAGCAGUUAUUGUUCGCUAAACUAGUGGAUUCCUUUUGUAAUAUAUAUAAAUCAAAUAAAAAGGGAGUUAUAUUUUUAGGUAUUAACUGUAAUGAAGGUAUUAAAUAUAUAUUGAAGAUAGCACAACUUUUGAAAUUGCCUAUUUAUACAACUGCUAUGGCUAAAUCUUUUAUAAAAGAAAAUUAUGUAUAUAAUGUUAAUGCAUGUAAGUCGUACCUAUUUGAAAAUAUUGAUUUUUGCUUUGCUAUUGGAUCUUUGUUUAAUUUUUAUUUUAAUUUUGGAAAUUUUAAAAAUUGUAAAAGACAAAAUAUGAUAUGUAUUGAUUUGAAGAAUGAUCAAUAUGAACAGGGGAACCCCUCUAUUUGUGAUCAUUAUUUUUUUUUCGAUUUAUAUUAUGUUUUAAAAAAUUUAUAUCUUAAAAUUAAGAAGAGCCCUAUCACAAUUGAUGAGAAUGUGGAUAUAGAUGCUAGGAAAAAAUGGAUAGCAGAUUUGGGUGAUAUAAAAAAAAGAACUAUAGACAAACUUUGCAUGGAUGUAAAAAAUGUCUAUUUUGGAAAAUAUGAAAAUUGUGGGAAUAACAAAUUCACGAUGGAACAAGCUCUGCUAAUUAUUCGGAACAUUCUGAUUGAUUAUUUCUUUUCAAAAAAUGGCAUUGAUGAGAUGUUUAAAAAAAAAUAUUUUAUAAAUUAUUUAAAAUAUGUAGAUAGUAAGUUAAUAGCUGAUUUUGUGAACACUGCGCAUGAUAACAAAAGUGUAUGUUCUGACUCCAUCAGAGGAGCCCUAAAUAUGUUAUCCCCUUUAGCAACAGAUGAUGAAGUUCCCGAAGAGGACUGCGACUUGAGUGAUAGCAGCUGUGAUGAGUAUCUGUCGGAUGAACAAGUAUGGAAGAGUUCUACAGAACGAAAUAGCACCAACAACGGUGGUAAUAAUUGUGGUAGUAAUAAUCGUAGCAAAUGUACGGCAUAUUCAAAAUUCCUGACGAAGGACAUAAAAGAAAGAAUUAUAAUCACCAAUGAAGGGUCCAUAACGUUAAUCCUUGGAAUAUUGUAUUUGCCCAAAUUUGGUCCAUUCAAUUAUGUCAUACCACAGAUUAAUGGAAUGAUGGGGAUAGCAAUGAAUGCAUCUAUCUCUGCAGCUUUGAACAAUUCUGGAAAUAUCGUUUUUUCUAUAUUAGGUGAUUCUUCCUUUGGGUUCACGUCGAACGAAAUUGAGACCAUGUGCAGGUUAAAGUUGAAAAUUGUCCUCAUAAUUUUUAAUAAUAAUGGCAUAUACGGAGAUAGGGACUACCAAGAGAAGGGGGUAAAGAAGGUGAAAGGAAACGAGAAAGAUGACGAGAAAGGAGUUGUGAAAGAUGCCUCUAGGGAAAAGGGAAAAAUUGUCGAUACCAAUUUUUACUUGAAAAAUCCGUCCUCUUUAUACUUUUUCAGCAAAUAUGAAAAUUACAUUAUUUCACAUGGAGGAUAUGGUUGUUACAUUGACAACAAAGAAGAAUUUAUAAAAAAAAUGAAAUAUGUAACAGAUGAAAACUUUAAGAAUUUCCCUGCAUUGCUUAAUGUAAUUAUUCAAGACAAUGGUUCUGUUAACUUUCAUUUUGAUAAACUUAUACAAUAA